CACAUUCGCACUUGAGCCCUCGUCUGAGCCAGAAAUGCAGUCCCAAUUCCUCCUGCUGAUCGCAGCCGUUGCCACGUUGCUGGUGGCCCAGACUACUGCCAAGUUCCAGCCGAAGGACCAUGCCGACGCCGAGAAGGCGUUCGAGGAGUGCCGUGAGGACUUCUACGUGCCAGACGACAUCUACGAAAAGUACCUGAACUACGAGUUUCCCGCCCACCGACGCACCAGCUGCUUCGUCAAGUGCUUCCUGGAGAAGCUUGAGCUGUUCUCAGAGAAGAAGGGAUUCGACGAGCGGGCCAUGAUCACCCAGUUCACCUCCAAGGACAACAAAGACCUGGCCACGGUCCAGCACGGCCUGGAGAAGUGCAUAGACCACAACGAGGCCGAGUCCGAUGUCUGCACCUGGGCCAACCGCGUCUUCUCCUGCUGGCUGCCCAUUAACCGCCAUGUGGUGCGCAAGGUCUUCGCCUGACCUGAAUGUGAUAUAACACACUG